ACAGUUACUGUUUAAAGAAGUUUGCAUCAUAAUACGUAUUCUAUUAAAGAGAAACGUAGUAUGUAAAUGUGAUACAAAAUUAUAAGUUUUUGUUAAAAGAUAUAUUCAAUCUUUUCUGUACAAAAAAGGAGUAUUACACGAAUUAACAGCACAUGAAAUCAUAUAGAAGGUAACUUAAUUGUACAGCGUUGUUCUUUGUUGAAAAAGUUUGAGAGGAUGAUUGCGUGAUGGUCAUGUUAAAAUACACUGUACUAUGAAGAAUAAAUUAGUUUUCUUUAUUUUGAUAUCUUAUGUAUUAGCUCAUAAAGACAAGUUUUCUCAUUAUAUAAUUGAUGAAGUUGCAGCAGGUUCAUAUAAAUAUUAUAGUUUAACAUAUGAUGGAUUUAUCAGAAUAACACUAAUAUCGGAGACUGGUGAUGCAGAUUUGUAUGCUUCUCAAACAACAACAAAACCAACUUAUGAACCAGAUCAAUAUUGUCUUCAGUCUGCAACAUGUGGAGAAGAUACCAUUCUUAUCCCUGAUAGUUUUAAAAGGCCUGUUAGUAUAGGUGUUUAUGGACAUCCAUCUCAUGAAGUUAGUAAAUAUAUCCUCUUAGUGUAUGAAACAACAGAUACUGAAAACGUAUCGUAUGAAAAAACUUCAGAAGUUAAUACUAAUGAGAGUAUAAUUUUUAAAUUAAUCAUGUUGGAAUACGAGAAUCAAAUGUUUUUGGAAAUAAUCCAUGAAGAUGGAUUAGUUGUUGUUGCAAAGGGACUUGGGUUAGAAACAGUGUUUGCAAAUAUAUUAAGGGCAUACACGGAUCCAGGAAAUUUGAUCAUAGUUUUAGGAACUACCGGUCAUGAUGAACAGUAUUUUAUUGAUAUUUUAAAAGGUCUUGGAAUCAAACACUUACCGCGUGUUGUAACAUGUGAAUGUACUGCAGAUGAAAGGGAGCUAAUGUAUUUAGAAGGUGGAGUGUUGUUUCUAUCAGGACGAAUUCUUGUAGUGGAUUUAUUAAAAAAUAGAGUUCCAUUAAAAUUAGUUACUGGAGUUCUUGUAUAUAGAGCGCAUAAUAUAUUAAAUUCAUAUCAAGAAGCGUUUGCACUUCGUUUAUAUAGACAAAGUAACAAGACCGGUUUUAUCAAAGCAUUUAGUAACUCAGCAUUGGCGUUGACCGUUGGAUUUUCGCAGGUAGAGCGCAUAAUGAAAGCUUUGUUUGUCAAAAAAUUACAUUUAUGGCCACGUUUCCAUGCACUUGUAAAUAAUAGUUUAGGGAAACAUAAGCCUGAUGUUAUUGAGUUACAUGUAAAAAUUACAUCAAAAAUGUUGAAUAUUCAAACCUCUUUACUUGACAUAAUGAAUUAUGUCAUCAAAGAACUUAAAAAACUUAACAAAUAUUUGGAUUUAGAUGAAUUAACUGUUGAAAAUGCAAUAUCUAAAAAAUACCACAAGCAAUUACAAUUGCAAUUAGAUCCUUUAUGGCACCAACUUAGUGCUACUACAAAACAAUUGCUCUCAGAUUUGAAAACAUUACGUGGUCUUCUUGCAUGUUUGACAUACGAGGAUUCGGUAUCAUUUUAUUCAAUGUUAAACUGUUUACGUACUAUGGAUUAUGCUGUAAAAAAUAGUGGAUGGUUAAUGUUAGAUUCUGUAGAUAUUUUAUUUCAAAAUGCCAAAGAAAGAGUGUACAAUGGCAAAAAUGAAAUAAAACCUGAAAUAACUCCAAAGUGGACUGCUUUGUCCGAAGUAUUACUUGAAAUUCAGCAUCAAAAUAAAAAAAAAAUUAAUAAGGAAAAUGAGAAAAUUCUGAUACUGGUACAUGAUCGUAAUCUAUGUUAUCAGUUAAAAAAUUAUUUAAUUAUGGGUGCUAACGAAUACUUACUUUAUGAAGCAAUGAAAAAACUUUCUCAUAAAGAAGUGCAAAAGCCAAAUAAUGAGAAAAAUGCAGAAGGAGAGACUGCGACUGCCGAAAAAACUGAAGAGAAUGAAGACGAGGAAAAAGAUACAUAUAUGCUAACAUUAUCUCAAAAAGUUCCUGAAGGAAGUCAAUCCCAUUCAGCAUCGAAUGACGAUAAAAAUCUAACACAGUUUGAAGAAUGUUCACAGAUUGCAGAAUUAGAUUUAACAAAUACAACUCUAGAUACACCUAUUAUUUUAAUUCAGUCUUUAAAAAAAAAUGGUGAUCCAAUGGCAUUGCAACGCGCUUUAGCGGAACAUAUGCCAAAUAAUAUUAUUAUGUAUGUAGCAGAUAUUUCUGCUGUACGGCAAAUUGAAGUUUAUCAGAAUAAUAAUCCGUCGAUAGAUUUAAAGGUGUAUUUCUUAAUUUACGGAGGUUCCGUGGAAGAGCAGGAAUAUUUAACAUCGCUACGACGGGAAAAAGAAGCAUUUCACUUGUUAAUUAAUGCCAAAACUAAAAUGGUUAUACCUGACGAUCAAGACGGAAAAACUGAGGAUUGUUUAAGUCUAGCAAUUCAAAAAGAUACAGAUGAUGAAACAAAUACUCGUAAGGGUGGAGUGCCAAUACAGCCUGAGGCUCCAAAUACGAUCAUAGUUGAUAUGAGAGAAUUCAGAAGUGAAUUACCUGCUAUACUUUAUACAAGAGGCAUGAAAAUUGAACCCGUAACAUUACAAGUAGGAGAUUACAUUUUGUCACCAGAUAUUUGUGUUGAAAGGAAAAGUAUUUCUGAUCUCAUUGGCUCGUUAAACAGUGGAAGAUUAUACAACCAAGCCAUUUCUAUGACAAGACAUUAUAGUAAAGCAAUGCUUCUCAUAGAAUUUGAUCCAAAUAAACCAUUUUGUUUUCAAGGGUAUUAUUAUGCUAGUAAAGAUAUAAAAAAUAUGUUUAUUACUUCAAAACUUCAACUUCUGACUUUACAUUUUCCGCGAUUAAAACUUGUAUGGUCACCUGGUCCUCACGCAACUGCCCAAUUAUUUGAAGAGUUAAAGCAAGGAAGAGAACAACCAGAUGCAGCUAAAGCUGCUGAGAUUGGAAUGGAAGAAAAUAAACAGAUAGCAGUAGAAAAAUUUAAUCCUCGAAUACAAGAUUUUGUUGCCAAACUACCCGGAAUUACUACAAAAAAUUUGCAAACAGUUUUGAGCAAAGGACAAUCAUUAGAUCAUCUGAAUGAACUUAAAAAAGAAGAACUUACGGAAAUGAUGGAAAAUAGAAAUGAAGCACAAAUGUUAUAUAACGCAUUUCACGAGAAAACUUCUCCAGUUGAAGAAAAGUCAAAUACAGCUGGUAAAAAAACUGCUACUCGAGGCCGAGGAAGAAAAUUAUUUACUAAAAUCAAGCAGUGAUAUAGAUAUAGGAAUGUUGUUUUUAAAAUGAGUUGUUUAUCAUUUGCGUCGUUUUUUGUAUAAAUUUUGAAACCGAUAAGAAUUAUUUAUAAAUUAUGUAUGUGAUAUGUAUAAAAGGAU